CUCUUCCAGAGCAAGCUGGUGAAGUACUUCAGCCGGCAGCUGUCCUGCAAGAGGAAGGUGGCCUUGCAGGAGCGCAAUGCCAAGCUGGAGGGAUUCCCCCAGCUCCUGCACUGGUUCCGCAUCGUCGACAUCCGCAAGGAGGUGAUGGAGGAAAUCGCCCCUGGGCAGCUGAGCCUGGAGGAGCUGUUGGACAUGACCGACGACCAGGUCUGUGCCACCGUGCAGAAAUUUGGGGCCAACAGUGAGGAGUGUGCUCGCCUGAACGCCUCCCUCUCCUGCCUCCGCAGCGUCCACAAGUCCGGUGAAAAUUGGGGCAGGAGGGACUGGGGGCUGCAGNNGCCCACAACGGAGCCGGGGAAGGAGAACAGCCCCGGGUGCCAGGCGGGGCAGUGGGGCAGGACGCACCUCUCGCAGAGCCCCAAGGUCCAACCCAAGUGCGGGCAGCAUCACUGCCACGCGGGCUCACCCCACGGACCCAUGUACACCCACGUGGACCGGCUGACCGUGGAAGGUCACCCGGGGCUCUGCCCGCCCGUGGAGUCAGGCCACCGCUCCCUGCCACCCUCCCCGCGCCAGCGACACGCCGCUCACACCCCGCCACGUACCCCCAACAUCGUGACCACGAUGACGCCGCCGGGCACGCCGCCGGUACGACGGAGGAAUAAACUGAAGCCCCCCGGGACGCCCCCGCCCUCGUCAGUCAAGAAGAAGAACAAACCCUUAAACCUCAAGAUCAACAACACUGUGGGAAGCUGCGAGAACAUCCCUGCGCAGCGCUCCCCGCUCCUCUCCGAGCGCUCCCUGCGGUCCUUCUUCGUGGGGUACCCGCCUUUCCUCCCCUCCACCCCUCCUGUCCACACCGAAGCCACCUUCUCAGCAAAUACGCUGUCAGUGCCUCGCUGGUCCCCGCAGAUCCCCCGUCGAGAUCUAGGAAAUUCAAUAAAACACAGGUUUUCCACCAAGUACUGGAUGUCUCAGACCUGCACUGUCUGCGGGAAAGGAAUGUUGUUCGGCUUAAAAUGCAAAAACUGCAAGCUCAAGUGCCACAACAAAUGCACCAAAGAGGCCCCUCCGUGUCACCUGCUGAUCAUCCACCGCGGAGAUCCAGCAAGGUUAGUCCGGACAGAGUCGGUGCCCUGUGAUAUCAACAACCCCUUGCGGAAACCCCCCAGGUAUUCGGACCUGCACGUCAGCCAGACGCUCCCCAAAACCAACAAACUCAACAAGGAUCACAUCCCGGUGCCCUACCAGCCAGACUCCAGCAGCAACCCCUCCUCCACCACAUCCUCCACACCCUCCUCGCCGGCCCCACCGCUGCCACCCAGCGCGACACCCCCGUCCCCCCUGCACCCCUCCCCGCAGUGCCCGCGCCAGCAGAAGCAGUUCAAUUUGCCAGCUUCCCAUUACUACAAGUACAAACAGCAGUUCAUUUUCCCAGACGUGGUGCCUGAGACACCGACCCGAGCCCCGCAAGUCGUCCUCCAUCCCGUCAACUCCAACCCCAUCCUGGAAGGGAACCCAUUGCUUCAAAUUGAAGUGGAGCCCACCUCGGAGAAUGAGGAAGGCACCGAGGAGGCACAAGAGUCCGAGGAUGACUUUGAGGAGAUGAACCUCUCGCUCCUGUCCGCACGCAACUUCCCCCGCAAGGCCAGCCAGACCAGCAUCUUCCUCCAAGAGUGGGACAUCCCCUUCGAGCAGCUUGAGAUUGGCGAGCUCAUCGGCAAGGGCCGCUUCGGGCAGGUCUUCCACGGGCGCUGGCAUGGGGAGGUGGCCAUCCGCCUCAUCGACAUCGAGCGGGACAACGAGGACCAGCUGAAGGCCUUCAAGAGGGAGGUGAUGGCCUACCGGCAGACGCGGCACGAGAACGUGGUGCUCUUCAUGGGAGCCUGCAUGAGCCCUCCCCACCUCGCCAUCAUCACCAGCCUGUGUAAAGGACGGACUCUCUACUCGGUGGUGAGAGAUGCCAAAAUCGUCCUGGAUGUCAACAAGACAAGGCAGAUAGCGCAAGAAAUUGUGAAGGGAAUGGGCUACCUGCAUGCCAAGGGGAUCCUUCACAAGGACCUCAAGUCAAAAAAUGUUUUCUACGACAACGGGAAGGUGGUUAUCACAGACUUCGGCCUCUUCAGCAUCUCUGGAGUUCUCCAAGCAGGCAGGCGGGGGAACAAGCUGCGGAUCCAGAAUGGCUGGUUGUGCCACCUCGCCCCCGAGAUCAUCCGGCAGCUCUCACCAGACACCGAGGAGGACAAGCUGCCCUUCUCCAAGCACUCGGAUGUCUUUGCACUGGGCACCAUCUGGUACGAGCUGCACGCACGGGAAUGGCCCUUCAAGACGCAGCCAGCGGAGGCAAUAAUCUGGCAAGUGGGACGAGGGAUGAAGCCCAACCUCAGCCAGAUCGGGAUGGGCAAGGAGAUCUCAGACAUCCUCCUCUUCUGCUGGGCCUAUGAGCAAGAGGAAAGACCCACCUUCACCAAGCUCAUGGACAUGCUGGAGAAACUGCCAAAGCGCAACCGUCGCCUUUCCCACCCCGGGCACUUCUGGAAGUCAGCUGAGUAA